GAGGAUUCCUCGUCAGCUCACCAGCCUUCACCAACGGCUCUUGCCUUUAUUGUCCUCUUUUUAGCGUCGACGGGUGCCUGAAACGAGAAUAGGCAGUGAAUAGGAGAACGGCAUCACUGGCUUGUGACGCGACUUGGUUGCUCUGACUGAGUCCGACUUUGUACAGUUUUGACGGGGGGGAACGACUAACCAUGGCAGAACGGCGACUUCUUAGUGCCAGGUCUAGUUGUUGUGACUAAUCACCCUUCAAGUCCGUUCAAGUAGUUAUACCGUUCCGAUUAAACCGCGGCUGAGAGACCUCGAGAAGCGCCGGUUCUGCGUAUUCGUUAGUGCUGAUUCGUCAGCAGUCAUAGUGUGGUCGUUCUAUCUAAAUCGGUGACUACUUUCGUCUCAGCAUCUCCGUCAAUCGCGUAAGCCUGGAGUAGCCCGGUGUUUCUCUACGACGUCGCACACGUCGCAAAGCUGGCUAGGCGAAGGCGGAUUCGUCGCAACGAAGCUUAGGAACUUGAUAGGACUCGUACUUCUAAUUCUACUCCCACGAUAUUCCACCCUUCGGAGCAAGCGGCUUGGCAGGCAGCCAUGUUGGACCAGAUCGUGAACCUGGUCAUCCGGCCCCCACGUGCGGAGUACGCUGUACAGACCGACCUCGUGGGGCCUCUCUUUGCGCUCAGGGGAAGGCAGUACCGGCGACACGACCUUCAGCUUGUAAACAACCGAGGGCAUGUUCUGGAGUGCAGUCACUACCUGCCAGCUCACAUCCCGCCCAAUCAAAAGCUGCCAUGUGUCAUUUACUGCCAUGGGAACAGUGGAUGUCGGGCCGAUGCCAGCGAGGCCGUGUUUGUGCUGCUCCCCUCCAACAUCACGGUCUUUGCACUCGACUUCUCCGGCUCGGGCAUGUCGCAAGGGGACUACGUCACCCUGGGAAGGUUUGAGAUGGAGGACCUGACAACAGUGGUGGACCAUCUACGUGUGGAGGGCUCAGUAUCACUCAUAGGGCUGUGGGGACGAUCCAUGGGCGCUGUCACCUCGCUUAUGUAUGCAGCCAAGGACCUGUCUAUAGCGGGGAUGGUGCUGGACAGCCCAUUUUCCAACCUGCCCAACCUGAUUCUCGAGCUCGUUGACACCUUCAAAAUCAAGCUGCCCAAGUUCACGGUGAAGAUGUUGGUGUACUAUCUACGGAAUCUGAUAAAGAAGAAAGUGCCAGACUUUGACAUCAACGACCUGGAUGCAGUGGCCGUGGCGAAGACCAGCUUCAUCCCGGUGCUGUUUGGGCAUGCCUCGGGAGAUACAUUCAUCCUGCCGCACCAUUCGCAGCAAAUACACGAAGCAUACGCGGGCGAUAAAAACCUUAUCACCUUUGCUGGCGACCACAACUCCCACCGCCCCAACUUCUUCUACGACUCCGCAUCCAUCUUCUUCCACAACGUGCUGCAGCCGCCGCCCAUAGAGGACGAACCUCCCGCCCUCUACAGUCACAUCCCCGGCAGUCUCCCCCUGGGUUUUGACCGGUCGCGGGAGGGGCCUGCAGGUGCUGCUGCUGCUGGUGGUGGUGGUGGUGGUGGUGCUGCUGCUGCUGCUGUCAGUGCAGCUGUUCCUGCGGGUGCUGUGUCUCGCGAGGGGUCUGGUACUGCUGCUGCUCCUUCGAUGGCUGACUUAAACCAUCGGCACACCAGCUACCAACGGCCCCCGCCUGUUGCCCAGCCUGCCGACGGUCUGCUGAGCAGCGAGGACUUGGCUCGCCUCAUGGCUGAGUUUGGUGCUUCCGUGCCUGCAGGAGAGGAGUCCACUCAUGGACUGGAAGAUGACUUUGACGAGGAUGAGAUGCUUCAACAAGCCAUUGCCCUUUCCUUGCUAGACCUGCAAGAGCACGAGGGCGGGGGAUCGGGAACAAACAUGGCAGGUGAAGGGGUAUCAAGAUAACCUACUCUCCCUGAGAAAGCCAUUGGUCUGUCCUUGCCAGACCAAUAAGAUCACGGGGGGGGGGGGGGGUGAUCUGGGGCAGGUGAACGGAAUGCGAUGAGGUGAAUGUUUCAGGUUCAGGGUGGAGGGCCGAGAUUGAUGCCGUAGAACCACCAUCGUACAUUAUCUUCAUGCGAGAAGUCACAUGACAUUGCAUGUGCGAUAGAUAAACGAUUUUCCCAAGUCUUAAUGCAUACUUGUUCAUAAUCGUAACGGAUAAGAUGCAUUUCAACGAGACCUACUAUCAUAUGAUCUUUCAACGGCUUGUGGUGUCAUGUUAACUUCUGUACAUAUUGAACGGAUUAAC